AUGGGAUUGAGUGCGCGACGCCAUGCUCGAACUUCUAGUCGGUUUCUUUCUAGGACUUUGAUAGUAAACGUCUGGCGUCUGCUUGGGAUUAUCCUUCUCGUUUGGGGGGAGUUUGGGGUUUAUUUCUGGAGUCUAUCUUCGUGUAAAUGGCCAGCAACGGCGGUUCAGUCUACCGGGAAACCCACACACAUCUUGCUUCUGACCGACACUCAACUUGAACAUCCGUACGCAUAUAGGGAGAAGGCGUCAUGGUCGGAUUUUCUUCAUCGUCUGACCUACGAGUUGUAUCUGAAGAGGAGUUGGCGUGUAUCGAUGCGAAUGAAGCCCAACACUGUGUUCUUCCUUGGGGAUAUGCUAGCUUCCGGAAAGGAUAUGAGCUCCGACAAAGAAUACAAGCAAUAUUUUGAGGCUUUCCGUCAGACCUUCCCCCUCGAAGCUAACGUGAAUGCCUAUUAUAUGCCAGGCAAUAACGAUGUGGGUAUGGGAGUUACACGGCCCAUCUCGAGGCAUAUUCGAAAAGCGUUUUUCCAAACGUUUGGCCCGUUCAAUCAGCAAGUGAUCAUUCAUAAUCACACUUUCGUGCUGCUAGACGCUCCAGGUCUAGUAGACGAAGACUACACUCGAGCUGCCCAAAGAAUACCAUACGAUAAGUGGUCACCUUUACCUGACGACACCCCACUCAUCCUUCUUAGUCAUAUUCCUCUUUGGAGGAAAGACACUGACUCAUGCGGCCCUCUCAGGGAAAAGGGAAGUAUUCGCAAGGGCGUUGGACACGGAUAUCAGAAUACCCUCCAAAAGCAUACCUCCGAUUUCCUAAUCGAAAGCUUACAGCCUUCUAUAAUAUUCAGCGGUGAUAAUCGUGAUUACUGCGAACACAUUCACAAAUUAGUUUCUGGCCGUGUCCCAGAAGAUGUCGCUGUGGUUCCCGAAAUCACUGUGAAGUCAUUUUCUCCUUCAAAACACAUACUUAGACCUGGAUUUCAACUCUUAUCCCUCGCCGACCCAGAUCCUACCGCAAGAUUCCACCAGAGUAUCGCACACGACCUUUGCAUUUUACCGGAUCAGAGAUUCAUUCAUUGGAGAUUGUAUGCAGGGUUCGCAUACUUUACGAUGAUAGUUCUGACUUUGUUCAACAUACGGAGAAGACGACGACUAUCACCACAUGCCCUCCUUACGCCCUUGUCACAUCAUAUUCCACUUACAGGAAUACCUAGUCCAUAUCCCUCACUUGUUACAGCCCCUUGGACUUCGUAUGCCCCUCCCAGUCCCACCAGUCCCCGAGGCUCAUUGCCCGGGACAAUCAGAACGCCCAACGCGUUUUCCGGUCCAACAUUUAGGUCCGCAUCCCGACCUGGGACCCCCCGUACAGCGGCCCCGUUAUUAUCCCCCAUUCCAUAUCAUCACGAAGAAGCAGAAGACGAUUCGUUAUAUCCACCACAGUAUGCGAAUAUUAGACCGCAUAUGCUCGAGGAAGAGACUUGGUCUCCAGAGCAUCUAGAUCAUCUAGGUGAUAGCGAAAACGGUUCACGAAUUAUGUCUCCUUACCUUGCACCAAAUGGCCCUCAGAAACGCCGCCCUUGGUCAUGGACGUGGACCUUUGCUUUCCGUGGUAGGAGGCGCCGUAUGACAAUACAUGCACCAUCCAUGUCCUGGUCUGCUUUCAGUGAUCUCAUGGCGUUUUUGGGAGACGGAGUUUCUGCAGAUGUAAAAUUUAAACAGAGAGGGAUUAUCCAAAGUAUCGUGAUAGACUUUUUGAGUGUAGCCUGGAUGUUUGUGGUGACAUGGACAGUAAUGGCAUGGUGGUCAUUUUAG